AUGCUCGACGUUGCUCCUAAUCUUCAAUACCUUCAAAAGGAGAAUACUAUGCUGCGUAAGCGUAAAGUGCUAGCUGAGAAAUCUGGGUCUACUUUGCCUCUUACUGUGGAUAAUGGAUGGUUGAGAAAUCUGGGUCUACUUUGCCUCUUACUAGCAUUGAGCCCGUCUUGUGCAAACUUAUUUUUAGAGAGCGAGAGAAUGGAGGAAUUGCUUUGUGAUGCAGCUAUGAGAGGGGAUCUAGAGUCGCUACACAAAAUAAUUGCGAAGAAUAAUUACAUUCUGGAUAAAGUUUUGGUGGGAUAUUUCAAAGGAAAAAAUCCGCUUCACCUAGCCAUAUCAAUAGGGCAAGUGGAAUUUGUUCAAAAACUUCUAGAAAUCAAACCACAGCUUGCUGAAGUUGUAGAUGCGGAACUAGGUGCGGCCCUUCACAUAGCAUCCGCUAAUGGGGACUUAAAGAUUGUGGAAGUUUUAGUGAAGCUUAGCCCUGGGAUGUGCAUGGCUCGUGAUCGAGAUGGAAAUAACCCUCUUCAUAUCGCUGCAAUGAAAGGUAAGGUCGACGUAUUGAAAAAGUUGGUUAAAACUUGCCCCUGUGCAGCUCAAGUCAUUGUAGAUGGACGCAACACCAUUUUGCACUUGUGUGUAAACUAUAAUCAGCUUGGGAGUCUGAAACUAUUGCUAGAGAUGAUUAGAGAUCCUGAAUUUGUACAAUCUAAGGAUGCCAAUGGCAAUACCAUAUUACACGUAGCUGUUUUCGGAAAGCAAUUUUUGAUUGUCAAACAUGUACUUGACAGUACUAAAAUAAAUGUCAAUGCAAUAAAUGAAGCUGGGAGGACGGCGUUGGAUAUUUAUUUCUUCGUGCUAAAUCAUCUACAUAUGGAAAUGGAUCAAGUGAAUGUUCGUAUCGGAAAAUCCCUAUAUGGUGCUGGGGCUAAAUUCCGGUUGGAGAUGCCGGUGUCAAAUCCGUCUCCAAGUGAGAGGAAAUUAAUGCAGACAUUAAUGGUUGUAGCAUCGCUAUUUGCUACAAUGGCAUUCCAGGUGGGGGUGAACCCUCCAGGCGGUGUUUGGCAAGACAAUUCAGAAGCACACCUAGCCGGAAAAGCUAUACUCGCUUAUGAAUAUCCGAAAUCAUAUUCGUGCUUCAUCUAUUUCAACACGGUAGGAUUCCUUCUUUCUUCAUAUUUAAUCAUAUCGCACCUACUGUCUGCUUUGCCACUGCGAAAAGAUUUUUUGUGGUGGGUUGAACCAGUGAUCUCGUUCUUGACAAUUAUGACCACGGUGUUCGCUUAUACGUAUUCCAUCACUGUGGUCUCACCGAAGCAUAUGAUGGCCGUAACCAAGACCAUUUUGGUUUCUGUGAUCGUGUGGGCCUUUUUCAUGUUCGUUUUUGUCGUAUGCAUCUUGACUGCCCAGGAGCGUGCGAGACCAAAGAAGGCCAAGAAAAGUAUUCUCAUGAUGGUUAUAGGGGAAGCUACCAAUAGGCUGAGGCUAAAUUCCAUAGCUCAAAGAACUUUUUGAAAGUUUUGUUCUUAUUAAAAAAAAAUAUUGUAUUCAAUAG